AUGGCUUACAACAGCAAAUACAACCCGGACGCGCUGCCAGCGCAUGCAGAACCAGAACAGGUUGCCCAGAUGCUAGGGGCUCUGCAGAUGCAGCAACAGUCUCAUUCGCAUCAAGGGUCACAUCAGCAUCAAGGAUCACAUCAAGGACAGCACCAAGAACGACCGCCGCCGCCGCCGAAGACAAGCGGAGCACCUCCUCGCCGGCCCUCCCCAUCAGCCUCUCACCCACCCUCCAGCGCGCCGACUCACGGCCAAGCACCACCCCAGCACGGCAACCGUAAUCAUUCUGCCAGUGUGUCCGGUUCGCAGAGCCAGCAGUACCGAUUUCAUUCUCCUCCCCCUCAGAACUACGGGUAUGGUCCUCGUCCGACUCAGGCGGCGCAGAACCGCCCACCUCCGCAGUCGCAUCCGUACCACCACCAUCCUCCGCCUGCUCCUAGCCCUGAUGACCCGCAGCAGCUCUAUCCCCUCUUUCGCGCGGCCAACGUGUCCAAUACUGGAGCGCUCACGGAGUCGGAGCUGGGCUCAGCCCUGGUGAACGGAGACUACAGUGCAUUCGACCCCAACACGGUCAAGAUGAUGGUCCGGAUGUUUGAUCGGAACGGCGAUGGUACGAUCACCUUUGACGAGUUCGUGUCUCUGUGGCGCUACCUCGCAGCGUGGAGGGAACUUUUCGACCGGUUCGACGAAGACCGCAGCGGACGGAUCAGUCUGGAUGAAUUCGAAAAGGCCCUUGUCGCGUUCGGGUAUCGUCUCAGUCGGACAUUUGUGCGGGUCCUGUUUGCGACAUUUGAAAGCAAAGGACGACGCCGGGCGUCUCAUGGCGGACCUUUUUCAGCCAAAGGAGGGAUGAGCUUCGAUCUGUUCGUGCAGGCAUGUAUCAGUCUGAAGCGCAUGACCGACGUGUUCAAACGGUAUGACGAUGAUCGUGACGGUUACAUCACUGUGAGUUUUGAGGAAUUUUUGACGGCUGAUUAUAUGAUCCAGGCCCAGCAUGUUGCGCGCAUGCUGAGAGCCGUGUAG